AUGACGAUCCCCGUCCAAACCAUAACCUCCUUCCGAACCGCCUUCUCUCCUUUCUCCCCGCUCGGACGACCAUGCAGAAUCCUUCUUAAUCUGCUGCAAAACCCUUCCACUGCGCCUGCCAGCAGUCCCACACAUAUCGAUAUAAAAGUUUCACAUCUGCCGCGGAAUUCUACGCAAUUGCCGGAGAUGACGAUUGGUUUCAAAGGUGGGAAGGAGAUCAAGUUGGAGGUUGGCAAGCGGAAGAUGAAGAUUGGUGAUGUGCUGGAUGAGAUUGCGCGAGUUGGACGGGUCGUUGAGCGAGAGCAGAGUCUGAAGGCGUGA